AUGAAGGCCAUCUUCCGCGCGAAGAAGCUGGACAUUGGCAGCUUCAUCAAUGCCAAAGUGAUCCGCGAUCAUACGAAGCGGAAAGUCUUUGCGGAGCAUGAGACGGAGCGACAAGCCCUUCGAUACAUGAUCCGGAACACCACCCUCUCUCCUCGAACCCGAACGAUCGCGCAGUUGAAGCUCACGCAGAUGCAUUCCUACACGAACCCGACACAGAUUAAGAAUCGCUGUAUUGCUUCAGGGAGAGGCAGAGGCGUAAUGAGCGAUUUUAGGUUGGCCAGGUUUCAAUUUCGAUUACAUGCAUUGAAGGGACAUCUUCCUGGUGUUAAGAAAGCGAGCUGGUAA